UUAUGCUCGUAUGUGACAGUAUAAUCGUAAAGAUUUAUGCUCGUACGUGACAGACAGAACGGUAACAGUUAGUCUAACUUGUAACGUUAUUUAUCUGUCAUUAAUGUAAGUCCAAGCACAAGCCUAUGUCACUAUGUGUAACCAAUAUCAAAGAUACAGCUAUUAAUUUAGCUGAUGCUAUAAGUGAAAGUGGCCAGCUGUAUUUUUUUACUUACCCUGCAGCACACGUCCAUAACGCUAAAAUAUGUGAUGUGAAAGAUUACAUGACAUUCUAUUAUUUUUGGCUGUAGAACUUGCAUGAAAAACAAGUAGGCUACAAAACGUUCCAAAUGGCCCAAAUUUUUCACAUCAUAGGCUACACUGUGCUUUUCAUUAGUGUUAUGGACAUUAGAAAAAGUUAUUUUUCCUUGGAAUUGCACCUACUGUAGUGCUUCCAAACCAUCACUAACAUAGUACAUAGCCUAAAAGGUAGAGAAUGUUUAUUUUGAGUUAGCACUUGUACUGCUCUCACUUGUUGCAGCCUGAUUCAGACCUCAGUUAUGAGGUGCCCGCUGUCCUAAGUGAGGCUGAUGAGAGCUGGGAAGGCGAGAGGAGGCGCCGACAAAGGAAAAUAAGAGCAAAAGGGAGAGGGACAAGAGUAGAGCGUGCAGGUCUUGGUCCAGGAGACACAGAGCAGAGAGAAGGAGAGAAUUUAGAGGGAGGAGAUGGACCAGGUGGAAGAGGCCAGAGAGCUGGAAGAGAGUGCAGAUGUUUCAGGUGGAAAAGGAGAGAGUGUGGGCCCUGCACCAGGUGACAGAGGCCAGAGAGAUGGAAGAGGUCAGAGCGGUGGAAGAGCCCAGAGAGGUGGAAGAGGAGAUAAUGCAGGUCCAAGUACUGGAGUUGGCAGCAGAGGAAGGAGAGGGAGAGGAGGCAGAGAUGCAGAGGAAGAGAACAGAGUUCAGAUGAUCCAAAUUGACCGAAGGGUCCGGACAGAGGCACUCAUUCAGGGCAUGAGUGAAGUGAGGCUACGAGCACUAGCUACCCAGGUCUUCUCCCGGAAUCCUGGAUUAGUUUUUGAUGCACUUCCUCCAUUGGACAGCACAACCCCACCUAACGCUGCUCUUCCAUGGUGCACAUGUGGGAACUGCAGGGAAAUGGCCACAGACGCUGAAAGGAAAUGCUGUGGCCAGGGGCCUGACUACUGCAUCAGCAAAUUGGCACAUUUUGAUCUGUAUUGUCUGGAAGAUGGUUAUUUGCGUAUUCACAGAGAUUACAGAAAUUAUAUGUUGGUGGUAGCUGAAGUUAUAGAGCCAGGAGAUGAUAACAGACAAUUUAGGGAUGCUGCUUAUCGUCAAUACAUCUUUUGGCAGCAUGGUUCACUGGGUCUGGGUAACCGUCGUGUUAUUCCCAGCUGCUGUAUAUGGAAAAUAAGGGACAAAUACCCUGACCCCCAAGGCCAGUACACUGGCUUUGUACCCACCAUUUGAUACCAUUCUAACGUGAACAGUUUAAUUCAAGUUAUUUAUUGUUGUAUAUAUGGUUUUACAAGUUGUUUUUUGAUUUGUUCUGUUUUUUGGUUUGUUUGUUUGUAAAGAGCCUUCCUCAUUUUUUCAAUAAAAAAAAGUUUAUUUAGAAUUACAAUACUAUGCUUUUUACGAUGUAGAGAAACAGUAUAUAAAAUGGUAUAAUGAUAAAGGUUACACAGUAUAAAUAGAAAACUAGACUCUGCUCUGUACUGUUGAAACUUUUAGUCUGAAAUUGUUGAUAAGCAGCUUGUGACACAAAAGUUUACAUGGCCAUGAACAUGGUCAGGGUUGUGAGGCUCUGGAAACUGGGCUUCACAGGUCUUUAGUCUGGAAUGUUGACACUGAAGAGAGCAAAAUAAAACCUGAAGUUAGUUUAUUUCAAACUUAGAAGUGUUAUGCAUGACAUUUGACUUGGUGUGUGGCAUGUAGCCCAAGGUGCAAAAUAAAUAAAUUGGCAUUCAACCUACCAAGACCUCUCCUGACUUGGGUGUGCAGGAGUUCCUCAAUGGUUGGUGCCGGCACAGGGGGAACCUUCUGGGGGUCAUCAGGUCGUAGUGUCCUCCGUCUGGGCAUCCCCUUACCAGCUAAUCUCUUUUGAAGGAUCAUAGAUUGCAGUUCUGGGAUGUAGCCAUACGUCUUGGAUGUUCCGAGUGUAUAGCAUAUACCUGCAAGCAUUCUUCUUGUACAGCCUCCUGUACCUGAAUUAAAAGCAGAAAGGGAAGGGAAGAAGACAUUUACAUUC